AUGCUCCAACCUCAAAUCAAAGCUUAUGUGUGUCUCAGUGUUCCCUUCCUCCGUAGAAACCCUAAAUUCAGGACCUUAGAUGGCAUGCGUGCUGCUUACGGUGAAGAUUAUUAUAUCUGCAGAUUUCAGGAGCCGGGCAAAAUGGAAGCUCAGAUAGCUGAGGCUGGCAUUGGAUAUGUGCUGAAAAAUAUCCUCACAACUCGCCAAACUGGUCCUCCAAUACUUCCAAAGGGAAAGUAUGGAAUUGGAUUCAACCCGGAUGCACCUGAAACUCUGCCAUCUUGGCUCACAGAAGAGGAUCUUGCUUAUUAUGUCUCCAAAUUCGAGAAAACCGGCUUCACCGGAGGAUUGAACUACUAUAGAAACCUUAACUUAAAUUGGGAGCUCUCAGCACCAUGGACUGGAGCGAAAAUCAAGACAAAGGUUGUUCUCUGCAUCAAUUGUACUGAUGGGUUAGGGAGGUUUGUAUGCCAUAUUUCUGGAUCACCUUGGCCAACUCAGACUAAUGUAGUAAGAUUGAGAAUUAAUCAUAAGAGACUUUACUUCAUUAUCCAUGCAAAGCUUUAUGUAGAUGGAAAGAUUGAUGAAAUUAAUUGA